AUGAGAUUCGGAAAUAACCAGCUCAGAGCGGCGCUUCGCCAGUUGACCGUCUUCCACAGAAGUCCUGUGGUCUAUCACCAGAGAGUACUCUCUCUAGGGACUAACUUUCUUGCGCCAAAGGGAUUCGGAAAUUUCAAAGGAAAAUCAACCAAAUCAAGCGGUAGAAAAUCACGCUCGUCCAAUGAGUCGAAAGAGCCAGCGUCUAACGAAACUCCAAAAGAUGAUAAUCUCAAGGGUAAAGAAGAACCCGAAAUGAAGGAGAAAAGCUUCGAGUUUAAAAUUGAGCUAGGCGGCGGCGGCGGCGGAAAAGACCCCAAGAAAGACCCGAAAGAUAACAAGAAAAAGAACAAAAACAGCGCGGCUGAAAAUGGUCCACUUGAUAACUAUGGUUUCGUUGGAGAUCCCAAGUCUCAGUGGCUUUUUAUUGGAUUUAUUACUUCUAUUUUGUUGUCUUAUCUUUAUGAAAACGAUUUAUUAAGUUCGGAAAGAGAAGUCGCCUUUACCCAGUUUCUGAAUGAUCUGAAAAAAGGAUCAGUCGAGAGCGUAAAUGUAGUCAAUCGAGAAUAUGGAACCUAUAAAACGAAAGCAAGUAACGAAUUUAUCAGAUUCCCUAUUGGCUCCGUAGACCAGCUUGAAACACAAAUGCGUGUGAUCCAGUCCGAUAACGAGAUACCCUAUGAAAACCGUGUUAGCGUGAAUUAUGUGACUACAGCGAAGCCGUUUUCUAUCAUCGCCAAUAACAUUUUCCCUGUGAUGAUCCUCGCUUACUUCAUAACAAAGCGUGCAAAAGAUGGCCAAGGAUUUGGGAUGGGUGGCUCUAUGCCCCCACAAACUGGUGGCAAAGCGGCGAAGGGCAAGAAGGGGAAGCAGCCCCAGGCCCCUCCUAACCCUUUCAAUCCAAUGGGGAACACAACGAAAUCAACUGCAACCAUCAUUGACCCAGAAGACAUCGAUGUUCGAUUCAGCGAUGUGGCCGGCUGCGAUGAGUCGAAAGUAGAAAUCAUGGAGUUCGUCAACUUCCUCAAGCAUCCAGAAAAUUACGAAGCGCUUGGUGCCAAGAUUCCCAAAGGAGCGAUUCUCAACGGGCCUCCUGGAACUGGUAAGACCUUGCUCGGAAAAGCCACAGCUGGUGAAGCAGGAGUCACUUUUAUCUCGGUCAAUGGAUCCGAAUUCCAGGAAAUGUUCGUCGGCGUAGGUGCUGCCAGAGUGCGUGACAUGUUCAACACUGCCCGAGAAAACUCACCAGCCAUCUUAUUCAUCGACGAAAUCGACGCUGUCGGUAGAAAACGAGGAGGACGCAUGGGAAGCGGUGAAGCUGAUGUAACCCUCAAUCAGAUUCUAACUGAAAUGGACGGUUUCAACUCCAUAGAUGACAACGUUGUCGUCAUGGCCGCUACAAACAGAUUAGACACCUUGGAUGAUGCGCUCUUGCGACCUGGUCGAUUCGACAGACAGAUCUACAUCGGCGCCCCUGAUAUCAAGGGACGAGCACAAAUUCUCAAAAUCCAUUUGAAAAAUAAGAAACUAGCUCCUGGGAUGGACCUUGAAGAAACUGCUAAGAAGCUAGCAGCUCGAACUCCUGGAAUGGCUGGAGCGGACCUAGCGAACGUCUGCAAUGAGGGCGCUCUCAUCGCUGCUAGAAAUGCACAGAAGCAUAUCAAUUUUAUCGAUUUCAACAGAGCGAUCGAUAGAGUGGUUGCUGGAAUUGAGAAAAAGGGCAGUCUGAUUAAGCCUCAUGAAAAAUCCAAGAUCGCGCAUCACGAAGCUGGCCACGCCGUUACUGGCUGGUUUCUCGAACACGCCGAUCCUCUCGUUAAAGUUACGAUUGUUCCUCGUGGAAAAGCGCUUGGUUUCGCUAUGUACCAACCUAGUGAUUUGAAUCUCAUGCCAGAAGAACAGAUUCUCGAUCGAAUCUGUGUCUCACUCGGAGGCCGUAUUGCAGAAGACAUUUUCUUCAACUCUGUUACUACGGGUGCCAGUGAUGAUCUCGACAAAGUCACCAAAAUGGCAUACGCAAUGGUUACCCAGUUUGGAUUCUCAAAGAAAAUCGGCCAGGUCAAUUAUUCCAAUAUGGGUGAUGGCAUGAACAAGCCCUACUCUGAGGAAACUGGUCGGGAAAUCGACGCAGAAGUAAAAGCUAUAAUCGACAAAUGCUGGGACAGAACUUACACGUUGCUGACUGAGAAAAAAGACAUACUCGAGAAUUUGGCUGGCCGGCUUUUGGAGCAAGAGACGAUUGAGAGGGCUGACCUUGUUGAGAUUCUCGGCGAACGCCCAUUCAAAGAGAUGACAACUUAUGAGGAAUAUGUGGAGGGCACUGGAAGCGUCGAUGGAUCCAUCGAAGACGACCUGCCGGAAGGUCUCAAAGGCUGGAAAGAACCAGCAAAGGGAGACAAAAAGGAGGACGAAAAGUAA